AGAGAGAGAGAGAGAGAGAGAGAGAGAGAGAGAAAUGAAAGAGAGAGGGAAAGGAACAGAGCCAUCAGUGGAUGAGAGGUACACUCAAUGGAAAUCGCUGGUGCCAGUGCUCUACGACUGGCUCGCCAAUCACAACCUCGUUUGGCCUUCUCUCUCUUGCCGAUGGGGUCCUCAACUAGAGCAAGCCACUUACAAGAAUCGCCAACGUCUUUACCUUUCGGAACAGACUGAUGGCAGUGUUCCAAAUACCCUUGUCAUAGCAAACUGUGAGGUAGUUAAACCUAGGGUUGCAGCUGCAGAGCACAUAUCACAGUUCAAUGAGGAAGCGCGUUCUCCAUUUGUAAAGAAGUUCAAAACUAUUAUACAUCCUGGCGAGGUGAACAGAAUCAGGGAACUCCCACAGAAUAGUAAGAUCGUGGCCACACACACUGACAGUCCUGAUGUCCUUAUUUGGGACGUUGAGGCUCAACCAAAUCGUCAUGCUGUUCUGGGAGCUACAAAUUCUCGUCCAGACUUGAUAUUGACCGGGCAUCAAGAUAAUGCUGAAUUUGCUCUUGCUAUGUGUCCUACUGAACCCUUUGUGCUUUCUGGAGGCAAGGACAAGUCUGUAGUUUUGUGGAGUAUUCACGAUCAUAUCUCGACUUUAGCAGCAGACACAGGGGCUACAAAGUCUCCGGGGUCUGGUGGCAGCAGCGCUAAGCAUGCCUCUAAGGCUGGUGGGACUAAUGAUAAACCUGCAGACAGCCCUUCUAUUGGUCCACGGGGUGUCUACCAAGGGCAUGGGGAUACCGUAGAAGAUGUGCAGUUCUGCCCAUCAAGUGCACAGGAGUUCUGUAGCGUAGGCGAUGAUUCUUGCCUUAUAUUAUGGGAUGCAAGAGUGGGAUCUUCUCCAGUUGUCAAGGUUGAGAAAGCUCAUGAUGCUGAUCUUCAUUGUGUUGAUUGGAAUCCUCAUGAUGUAAAUUUCAUUCUGACAGGGUCUGCUGAUGCUACUGUUCGCAUGUUUGAUCGCCGUAAUCUCACCUCUGGGGGUGUUGGAUCACAUGUUCAUAAAUUUGAGGGUCACAAUGCAGCUGUCCUUUGUGUACAGUGGUCUCCUGACAAGUCAUCUGUCUUUGGAAGUUCUGCUGAGGAUGGCAUUUUGAACAUUUGGGAUCAUGAGAAGGUUGGUAAUGUUGGAUCCAAAAUGCAAAAUGUUCCUCCAGGCUUAUUCUUCCGACAUGCAGGCCAUAGGGACAAGGUUGUGGACUUCCAUUGGAAUGCAUCUGAUCCGUGGACAAUUGUCAGUGUGUCCGAUGAUUGUGAAAGUACUGGAGGAGGUGGUACACUGCAGAUAUGGCGGAUGAUUGAUUUGAUAUACAGGCCCGAGGAAGAAGUUCUAGCCGAAUUGGAUUCAUUCAAGUCCCACAUUUUAACAUGUUCCUCUUGAUGCCUAUUUAAAAAGUUGUUAAACUUUCGUUUUCUAGUGUGCUCAAGCUAAAUGACUUCCACCUAAAGUUUCCAAACCUUGGUAGUUCAAUAUUUUGUUGGUUCCGAAUUUGACUAUUAAAAUAUCCUCUCUUUGUCUCUCUCUGUUCAUUAAGAGCAAAACUGAGCUCCUUUUGUGUCAUUUGGUAACUGGUACAGUUUAGUCAUUUAGCUGGACCUUCGUUUCAAAUACUAGUACUACCCCUGUGUGGGAGUUUUAAACAAAUGACAUAGCAAUUAAUCUAAA